AUGCAGCGGCUUCCUAUACCGCUGGGCAAAAUUCGGUACCAGCGAGUGUUCCAAAUGAUCUUCGUGGUGGGGGUGGGAGGGACCUUACUGAUCGGCUUCCAGAUCUCCGUGAUCACCUAUCCCUCUCAGUACAUCAAGACAUUUAUCAACCAGACGUGGGUCAAGCGGUACGGCUCUGCCCUUCACCACGAAACACUCACCUUCCUGUGGUCUGCGGUCGUUUCCAUUUUCUGCCUGGGUGGGAUCCUGGGCAACCUGUCCAGUGGGCAUGUGACCACCCAAUAUGGAAAAAAGAAAACGCUGCUGUGCACCGACAUUGUCACCAUCGCCGCCGCCCUCCUGGUCGGCUUCAGUAGGACGGCCGGCUCUUUCGAAAUGAUCCUGAUAAGUCGCUUCCUCUAUGGCUUCACUGCAGGUAUAUCCCUGAACACCAAUGGACCGUACCUUGGAGAAAUUGCACCCAAGAAAUUCAGAGGUUUUGCUACUGCCACCUGCUCUGUGUUUUUUUCACUAGGAAAAGCUUUGGGACAAAUUAUGGGCUUAAGAGAUCUCUUUGGCACAGAAUCGCUGUGGCCUCUGCUCCUGGCUUUGUGUGGAAUCCCAGCCCUGUUGCAGCUGCUGCUCCUGCCCUUCUUCCCCGAGUCCCCUCCAUACCUGUUGGUCCAGAAGGGAGACAAAGAUGGUUGCUUGAAAGCCAUGAAGUUCCUCUGGGGCGAAGGGCAUCACCAAGCUGAGCUGGAGGACAUGGUGAAGCAGAAGGAGGAUGCGAGAAGCUCCAAGAACCUGAGUGUCUUGGAAGUGAUGAGCGAGAAGUCCUUGCGGUGGCCGUUGGGCCUCAGUGUCCUGCUGAUCUUCACCCUGAACCUCUCUGGCUUGAGUGCCAUCUACUUCUACGCCUUCGAAGUUUUCCGCACAGCCAAAAUUGAGGAAAGCCUCAUCCCUUACGUAGCAGUCGGUGUCGGCAGUUGCGAGUUUGUUGGUACGAUCCUAUGCAGCUGCCUCAUUGACCGCUUUGGCCGGAGGGUUCUCCUGUGGGGCGGCUUUGCAAUGAUGGGGCUGGUGAUGGUGCUCCUCGUCCUGGCCCUCUCUUUCCAGAGCCAGUUCCCCUGGAUUUCCAUUGGCAGCAUCGCCCUCAUAUUCUUGUUCACCCUUUCCUAUGGUCUUGGCCCAUCUGGUGCCCUCUUUGCGGUUAUAAUGGAGAUUUUUGGCCAGUCAGUAAGGCCAUCGGCAUUGACCGUCGUGGGAAUGGUCAGCUGGGUGGGCCUCUUCGUGGUCGGGAUGACAUUUCCAUUUCUUGUGGAGGUCCUCGGCCACUUCUGCUUCCUCCUCUUCUUCGUUGUGCUCCUCGUGGUGGGGAGCUUCAUCUACAGGUACCUGCCAGAGACAAAGGGAAGGUCCAUCAGCGAGAUCACCGAAGAAUUCAAAAGGAUGCGUCUGGGGAAGAGAAUGGCUUUCACCGCUCAGCGAAAGAUUGCCUCCACCGACCACAGUUUCUGUACCAAGUUGUGA